GCCUCCGCCUGGCUGGUUUUCGCAGGCAUUGUCACCCACGGCUCGAUCAAGCAGGAGGCUGGGGUAUCGGUAAAGAAAAUAAUUUACCACCCGCUUUAUGACGACGAUAGCCUCGACUACGACAUUGCUCUGCUGAAGCUCCAAGCCCCCCUGAAUUUCUCAGGUGCCAUCUGUGCCGUGUGUCUGCCGCCCUCCCGCCGGGACCUCUUCCAGGGCACACAGUGUUGGGUCUCCGGCUGGGGCUAUACCAGACCAGACCAGGCACAGGUUACUGAGACGCUGCAGGAAGCACUCGUUCCCUUAAUCAGCACCAAGAUGUGCAAUAGCUCGUGCAUGUACUCGGGCGAGAUCACUGCCAGGAUGCUGUGUGCCGGCUACGCGCGUGGGAGAACAGACGCGUGCCAGGGCGACAGCGGCGGCCCCCUGGUCUGCCAGGAUGAAUUCGCGUGGCGCUUGGUGGGCAUCGUGAGCUGGGGCCGGGGCUGUGCCGAACCCAACCACCCUGGGGUUUAUACCAAUGUGGCUCAGCUCCUGCCAUGGAUUUAUCACACCACUGAGUUAAAGCCAGAAACAGAAGGGUCUCCCCACCGCCUGCCGUGGCUGUGCUUGGCUGCCAUGGCCAGCAGAACAGCCCUUCAGUUCCGCAGUGACUUAGGUGCAAUGUGA